UUUUUGAAAAAAAGAAGCUUGAAAUGGCUCUGUUCUUGUUCAGUUUUCAAAGAUAAACUUCCUUCAGCUCUGCAACUGCUAGAACAGGGUGCCUAAUGGAUAAUAUGAUCUAGUGCUGGAAAUGUGUUUUUUAUUUACUUAUGAAGUGCUAAAUAAGUCGAACUCUGAGUCUCUGACUUUAUGGAGCAAAACUGAAGCUGUAAUUGGAGUAAAAGUCAUUUAUGUGUAGACUGGAAUUGAAGUGUUGAGUUGUGAUGGUGGAUUUUCAUUUGGCUAAAUCUUGUUCAAGUAUCUAACUGAAUUACUUAUAUAAUGAUUUUGUCUCCUUCUGCUAGAAAGUUGUGUUGAAUAGGGAGGUCCCUCAUGUAUCAACCUAAGAAAAGAAUGUAGCAGGUAGAGUAGGUUGGGUCAUUUGAUUUUGUUUCGUUAAGAAUCAUCGCAUCCUCCUUCUUUGAAGGUUUAGGAACCUAUUAUCGAAGUGGUUUUAAGUAGCCAAAUUUGCAUCUCUCAUCUUUACGAAUCCGGUUGAUGAGGAAGUGUUUUGAAGAUGUCGAGAUUUCAUCUCUGAUCCCAUCGAUAUGGAACUGUUUCUUGAUUUCUUGAUAUAGAUCAUAAAGAGACAGAUGGAAAGAAUCUGGGCUGUCAAGGCUGAAGGAUCAUGUUGGAAACAGUCCUGCCAGUCUCGAAUCCUUUGAUUGCUCCAACCCCCACAAGGGGACAGAAACUGUUCUGGCAAGCUGUCCAUCAAUGCAAGCAUCCCAGCAACACAGAAGCUCAGUCAUGGCUAGCAGAUUGUACCAUCAAAUAAAGCAAGAAGUCGAGCCUGAGCCCUACUGGUUCCCUCAACUCCCACCUACUGACCCCUCUCUCUGCUAUAGUGACGGAUUCCACUUCUCUGUUGAGAGUUCCAAUGAAAAUUUUUGCACUUUGGAGUCAUCCUCUGCAAAUGGCAGUUAUACUGCCUACAACUCUACAUCACUUGUCGGUUUCUCACCAAAUGGAAGCCCAAUGUCACAGCAAGAUUCUCAGUCGUAUCCAUCCGACUUGCAUCACUCUCCUGACAAUAAUGGUGGCUCUCCUAUUAGUGGUUCCUGCGUAACCGAUGAUGUAAGUGAUUUGAGGGAUAAGCUGAAAGAGCUGGAAACUGUGAUGUUGGGCCCUGAUUCUGAUGUUAUUGACAGUAAGACCUCACUAGAGAUGGGCACCUGGAGACUUGUAACAGAUGCAAUCUCCAGAGGGGACUUAAAACAGGUCCUUGUCUUUUGUGCAAAAGCCCUGUCAGAUAAUGAUCUCUUGAUGGCACAGUGGUUAAUGGAUGAAUUACGCCGAAUGGUGUCGGUUUCUGGGGAGCCAAUCCAGAGGUUGGGAGCCUACAUGUUGGAAGGGCUAGUGGCACGACUAGCCUCCUCAGGGAGCUCAAUCUAUAAGGCUUUGCGAUGCAAAGAACCAAAGAGUGCUGAUCUAUUAUCUUACAUGCACAUUCUUUAUGAGGUUUGCCCCUACUUAAAGUUUGGCUACAUGUCUGCAAAUGGAGCCAUUGCAGAGGCCAUGAAAGAUGAAGAUAGAGUUCAUAUUAUCGAUUUCCAAAUAGCUCAGGGGAGUCAGUGGAUCACUCUCAUCCAAGCAUUUGCAGCUAGGCCUGGUGGACCACCCCAUAUCCGAAUAACUGGUAUUGAUGAUUCCACAUCUGCAUAUGCCCGUGGAGGAGGCCUAAACAUUGUGGGAAAGAGGCUGUCUAAGCUUGCAGAGUAUUUUAAAGUGCCAUUUGAAUUCCAUGCUGCUGCCAUGUCUGGUUGCGAAGUCCAGCGGGAACACCUUCAAGUUCGACCAGGAGAGACUGUAGCUGUAAAUUUUGCUUUCAUGCUUCACCACAUGCCUGAUGAGAGUGUCAGCACUGAGAAUCAUCGUGACCGACUCUUGAGGCUAGUUAAGAGCCUGUCUCCGAAGGUUGUAACCCUUGUGGAACAGGAAUCUAACACAAAUACUGCUCCAUUCUUCCCAAGGUUCCUGGAGACAUUGAACUAUUACACAGCCAUGUUUGAAUCAAUUGAUGUGACUCUCCCCCGGGAACAUAAAGAGCGGAUCGAUGUUGAGCAGCAAUGCCUGGCAAGGGAUGUUGUUAACAUCAUAGCUUGUGAGGGGGCUGAGAGAGUGGAACGACAUGAACUCUUGGGGAAGUGGAGGUCAAGGUUCAGAAUGGCAGGGUUCACUCCUUAUCCUCUAAGCUCCUUGGUUAAUGCCACCAUAAAAACGCUACUUGAGAACUACUGCGAUAGAUAUAGGCUUGAAGAGAGAGAUGGGGCUCUGUACCUUGGUUGGAUGAAUAGGGAUUUGGUUGCUUCCUGCGCAUGGAAGUGAUUUACAUUUUUGUCCUUUUACUCUCUUUACUAUUGUCCUCACACAUUUGAGAACAGGGGACUUGAACUGAGGGCCUCUUAGUACCCUGUUCUUGUACCAUUGAUCAAGGCCUCUGGCAUGCAUGGAAGUGACAAUGAUGCUUUUAUUGUUAGUGUUAAUUUUAGGAGACUGGGCACUACCUUUGGUACAUAGUCCUCUUUCUCUUAGCUGCCAAGAGCUUAUAAGCGGGGUUUCUUUUUAACCAUGUACUUCUUAUAAAUUACAGGUUAUCCACCUUUGCAGUCA